CCCAGUCCUUGAGUUCUUUAUAAGUUUUAUUAUUGGUGCCUUUUCUAAAAAAUUACUUUGUUUUUUUUCAAUUAAAAGUGUUUCUAAGCUAUGAGUGGACAGUGAGUAUUAGUAUGCAUUCUACUUUUAAAUCUUAAUCCUCAGAUCUUUAACAUGAAGAUUUAAUUAUUUACAUUGUUAUUUCUUUAGAAAAGAUUAAUCGGCUAACCAUUAAUUCUAAACACUUGUUUCUGACAUAAGAUUUUUCUAAUAGGGCUUCCAAGAGCCAUAUUUCUUAUUUUCAGCAUGGUUGACAGAAAAUUCCAUGCCUACUAUCGUUCUGUUGCCAUAGUUGGGAAGAAAGGAAGUAUACACUUCAACAAAUGCCUCCAAACAUGAUAUGUUUCCUUCCACAGGAUUUCUGAUCCCUAACCUUGCUAUGAUCAUUGUGAUGGAACAAGAAAAAGAAUUGUUGGUUGCAUAUUCUAAUGGCUUCAUGGAGAAGGAGAGUUUGAAAAGCCCCCUCACAGGAGAUGAAAGUAAGAAUAAUUUGGGAACUGUUCCACACAAUAAUCCUAAGGCAGAUAUACUUGAAGAGAGAGCUUCAAAAUGGUCUAAAAGAAAUGGCCCACAAAAUUCUAAGCAUGAGGAUGCAAAAGAAAUGCCAUUGACAUCGUCCCAGGGAGAUGAGAUUUGGUGUCAAGAUUCCUAUGAGAAUAAUGUCAAGUCGAGGAAUUGGGGGAAUUCUAUAGGGAAAGAAGAGGAAAAACCCAAUCACCAGGAAUGGGACCCAGGAAAACAUGCCAGUGCCUCUGUCCAGCAGAAUUCAUCCUUUGGAGACAAACCGUACAAAUGUUCUGAAUGUUGGAAAAGCUUCAAUAAUAGUUCCCAUUUGCGUACUCACCAGAGGACCCACUCGGGAGAAAAGCCUUAUAAGUGCUCUGAGUGUGGGAAAUGCUUUUGUAACAGUUCUCACCUGAUUCAGCAUCUAAGAAUGCACACAGGAGAGAAGCCCUACCAGUGUGGUGAAUGUGGGAAAAGCUUCAGCAAUACCUCCCAUCUUAUUAUCCAUGAGAGAACUCACACAGGAGAGAAACCCUAUAAGUGUCCCGAAUGUGGGAAGAGUUUCAGUAGCAGCUCUCACCUUAUUCAGCAUCACAGAUCACACACAGGUGAAAAACCAUAUGAAUGUCCUGUUUGUGGAAAAGGUUUCAGCCACAGCUAUGUCCUAAUAGAACAUCAGAGGACUCACACUGGAGAAAAACCUUAUAGGUGCCCUGAUUGUGGGAAGAGUUUUAGUCAGAGUUCCAGCCUGAUUCGCCACCAGCGGACACACACAGGUGAGAAGCCCUACAAAUGUCUUGAGUGUGGAAAAAACUUUGGUUGUAAUUCUACUCUAAUAAAGCAUCAGAGAAUACAUACAGGAGAAAAACCCUAUCAGUGUCCAGAAUGUGGGAAGAAUUUCAGUCGAAGUUCAAACCUUAUUACACACCAGAAAACACACACAGGAGAGAAAUCCUAUGAAAGUUCUGAAUAUGAAGAAAGUUUGAGUCAGAACUGCGAUGUGAUGGAAGAAUGCAGAAUCCAGCCAGGAGAGAAACCAUAUAGAUGUUGUGAAUGUGGGAAGAGUUUUGGCCUUAGCUCCCAUCUCAUUAGACAUCAGAGAACACAUACAGGGGAAAAACCUUACAGAUGUUCUGAGUGCUGGAAAACUUUUAGUCAGAGUUCCACACUGGUGAUUCACCAAAGGACACAUACAGGAGAGAAACCUUAUAAGUGUCCUGAUUGUGGUGAAUGCUUCAGUCAAAGCUUUAACCUUAUCAGGCACCGGAGAACCCACGUAGGAGAAAAACCUUACAAAUGUACCGACUGUGAGAAAUGCUUCAGUAGAAGUGCCUACCUCAAUCAGCAUCGGAAAAUUCACAUAGAAAAGUCCUUUGAGUCUCCUGAAGUUGGGGAUUUUCCUCAUGAAUGGACUUGGAAAAACUAUUCAAAGGAAAUACCCCUUAUCUCUUCAUUUUCAGUCUCAAAUUCAUCUUCUUCCUGAGUCCCAAAGCCUGGUUGUUUCCACCCCCGACCCUUCCACCCCCGCCAUUGGACCAUUACAAUUAACGUAUUCUUUGAUCAGUGUGCUACAAUGUUUCUUUGGUGUAUUUGUCAAAACAUUUGGAAAAUGUCAACCUCUCACUUUAGAGGAUGGGAAGACCCAGGUCACCAGGUUAUUGGAUCUGUCCUGUGAGAGAUACUCCCAAGGAUGAAGUAAAAGGAAAUUUUUAUUUAUUUAUUUAUUUAUUUAAGGUAAGAGAGGGAUAGCUUCAAAGGAAUGCAUAAAGAGUGAUCCUAGGAGUAAUAAGUAAAAGGACUUGAGAACUUGAAGCUAGGAUGGUUAUUGAAUUACCUUAUUUUCUUUUGCCUUAUGGGUAGAGAUGAAUCAUUAUUGGUCUCAUGGGUUUACCCAGAGAAAGGGUCUUUUUGAACAAAUAAUAUAAUUUCUUGGAUGUUUUGUUGGGUCUUAAGAAAAAAAG